AUGAGCAACGGCGUGCGAGCUUCCAAGCCGCUCGUCUCCGCCGCCGCGUCGGCAGCGGCGCGAGCAGCGGCGGCAGCAGCCACACAAGGCCGGCGCGGCGCGAGUUCCUGGAUUUCCGGGGCCUUGGCGUCUCCCGCGGAGGCGUCGCAUCUGUUUGGCAUUCCGAGGCGCGUGGCGAUAGCGACGAUUAGUUCGAUAUCGUACUUUUACAUGAACGUCCUGAAUCGCAUGGAGGUGACCAAUCAGCAGACGCUUUUGGAUCUGGUGCACUCGCGGCCAGCUGGCACGCCGCUCAUCACCGUCAGCAACCACAUGGCAACGAUAGACGACCCGCUGCUGUGGGGCGGGCAGAGGGGGCUUCGCAUUACGGAUCCCAAGCUGUGCCGCUGGACGCUCACUGCGUCUGAGAUCUGUUUCACCGGCCUCCUCGACUCCUACAUCUUCCGCAUCGGCAAGAGCAUUCCGAUAUCGCGCAACCAGGGGGUGUUUCAACCAGGCAUGGACGAGGCCCUGCUGCGCUUACAGCAGGGCGACUGGCUCAACAUCUUCCCAGAGGCGAGAAUCAUACAGCAGCACGGCCCUCUGCCGCGCCUCAAGUGGGGCCUCGCCAGUCUGCUGGAUCGCCUCUGCCCCUCGCUGCCGCCGCCCAUCCUGCUCUGCGUGGGGCACAGCGGCCUUGAGCGGGUGAGUGUGAACAUGGAAAAGAGUCGUUGA